AGGGCUAAGAUUGGUCCGAGCACCAAGAACACAGAAGGCUCGGCCUCCAAGUUCGACUCCAACGGGAACAGAGACCGCAUGAAGCUGUCUGACUUUAACUUCCUGAUCGUGUUGGGCAAGGGAAGCUUCGGCAAGGUGAUGCUAGCAGAACAUAAAGACAGAGAGGAGCUGUACGCCGUAAAGAUCCUGAAGAAGGACGUGGUGAUUCAGGAUGAUGAUGUGGAGUGCACCAUGGUGGAGAAGAGGGUCCUGGCCCUGUCUGGGAAACCUCCCUUCCUCACACAGCUUCACUCCUGCUUCCAGACCAUGGACAGGUUAUAUUUUGUGAUGGAGUAUAUCAACGGAGGAGACCUCAUGUAUCAGAUCCAGCAUGUCGGCAAGUUCAAGGAACCUCACGCUGUGUGA